UCUAUAGAGACACUUCCUGUGGUAGAGAAAAGAGGUAGUGAGCGGGUGUUUCAGGAUGUGAGGGCCCGCAGGAACCGAGCGAGCUCUCUCCACUGCCUGCCUGCCACCCGAGAGCUCUGAUCGGUGCUUCCACAAUCCUUGUGGUGGGUGGCCCCCCGUGGCGGGGACCUGUGAUCAGCGGCAGAAUGCCAGGGAAGCCCAAGCACUUGGGUGUCCCCAACGGGCGCAUGGUUCUGGCUGUCUCUGAUGGAGAACUGACCAGCACAGCGAGUUCCCAGGGCCAGAGUGAGGGCCGAGGCAGCUCCCUCAGCAUCCACAGCCUCCCCAGUGGCCCCAGCAGCCCCUUCUCCACGGAUGAUCAGCCUGUGGCCAGCUGGGCCCUGUCCUUUGAGCGGCUGCUGCAAGACCCACUGGGCCUGGCUUACUUCACUGAGUUCCUGAAGAAGGAAUUCAGCGCAGAGAAUGUAACUUUCUGGAAAGCUUGCGAGCGCUUCCAGCAGAUCCCAGCCAGUGACACCAAGCAGCUAUCCCAGGAGGCCCAUAAUAUCUACCAUGAGUUCCUGUCCAGCCAGGCGCUGAGCCCGGUCAACAUCGACCGACAGGCCUGGCUUAGUGAAGACGUGUUGGCCCAGCCCCGGCCCGACAUGUUCCGGGCACAGCAGCUUCAGAUCUUCAACUUGAUGAAGUUCGACAGCUAUGCGCGCUUCGUCAAAUCCCCGCUGUACCAGGAGUGCCUGCUGGCCGAGGCCGAGGGACGCCCGCUGCGGGAGCCCGGCUCCUCGCACCUCGGGAGCCCCGACACGUCCAGGAAGAAGCCGAAGCUGAAGCCCGGGAAGUCGCUGCCGGUGGGCGUGGAGGAGCUGGGGCAGCUGCCGCUCGCUGAGGGCCCCAGUGGCCGCCCUCUCCGCAAGUCCUUUCGUAGAGAGAUGACGGGUGGUGCCAUGAACUUGGCGCCGCGACGAGAAUCUCAGGGGUCCCUGAAUUCUUCGGCCAGUCUGGACCUAGGCUUCCUUGCCUUUGUGAGCAGCAAAUCUGAGAGCCACCGAAAGAGCCUUGGAAGUGGCGAGGGUGAGAGUGAAAUCCGGCCAGGGAAGUACUGCUGCGUGUAUCUGCCAGAUGGCACAGCCUCCUUGGCGCUGGCUCGACCGGGCCUCACCAUCCGCGACAUGCUGACAGGCAUCUGUGAGAAGAGAGGCCUCUCUCUGCCUGACAUCAAGGUCUACCUGGUGGGCAAUGAACAGCCUUCUGUUACCCAUGGGCUAGUGCUUCUGCUCCUUAGGGUACCACACCAGAAGCCAAAGGAGGAAGCGAAGAAAGCCCUGGUCCUGGAUCAGGAUUGCACAGUGCUGGCAGACCAGGAAGUGCGACUGGAAAGCAGGAUCACCUUCCAGCUGGAGUUAGCUAACCUGGAGCGUGUGGUGAGGAUCUCAGCCAAGCCUACCAAGCGUCUGCAGGAGGCGCUGCAGCCCAUCCUGGCAAAACACGGCCUGAGCCUGGAACAAGUGGCCUUGCAUCGGCCAGGGGAGAAGCAGCCGCUGGAUUUUGAGAAGCUAGUGAGCUCGGUGGCCUCACAGACACUGGUUUUGGACAUCCUUCCAGGUGCUAAGAUGAGUGAAGCCCGCAGCCCAUCUCCCUGCCGCAGCCAGGGUUGCCUGCCUAGAACCCGGGACAAGGACACUCAUCUUGCUCCGCUGCCUCCCAGUUUGCUGGUGGAAGACGCCAGGAGCUCUAUGGGGAAACGGCAGACCUGUGACAUUGAAGGCCUGGUGGAGCUGCUGAACCGCGUGCAGAGCAGCGGGGCCCAUGACCAGAGGGGACUUCUUCGCAAAGAGGACCUGGUACUUCCAGAAUUUCUGCAGCUUCCUUCCCAAAGGCCGGGCUCCCAGGAGGCUCCGCCAUAGACUGAAUCAACUACCCAGCCCAGGAAGGGCCCUUCAGACCCCGCUGCCCACCCAGCCCUCUGACACCUGUGUAACAGUCCGGGCUGGCUGCAUGGUACCUGGGCGGACCAAGCAUGCCAUGGGUCUGCUCUGCAUGCCCUGUCUGUGCCCAGUGUCCCUGGCCCCUUUCUGCUAUGGGCAGGCCCACAGAAGGAGCUGGGAAGGGGGUGGAAGGGGAACUCAGAGGACCCACACUCCCGAAAUGUGACUACAUGUUCUCAUAGGUUCCCCUACCCAUUCUUUACAGCGAGAGGCCAGCCUAGCCUCUCGGCAUAAGCACACUGAACACAAAGGGGGUGACUUUGGCAGGGCCAGCCUCCUCAGCUUUUUCUAAGCUUUAGCUGGGCAGGAGGAGGGGCUGGCCCCUCCUUAAAGCGUUGAUAUAAGUAAAUCCUGGGAGAGCUGGUGGGCAACCCCUCCCUCCGUUCACAUAGACUGUACAUAGGAUUUUAUGGUUGGCUUGGGGCAGCUGGGUUUGUCCUGGAUGUAUAAUAUUGUUAUUAUUAGUAUUAUUAUUCA